UUCCAAGUAGCUAAAAGGCUUAUCUACUUGAGAAAUAAUAUGAAAUAGUAUAUAUAUGUCAAAACACUAAUAUAUUCGAUAUAUAUUACGAAACUCAAUUUCAGACCUAACCACAUCUCAUUUCUUAUCUCUCUGUUUCUCCUUUACCCUCUCUCUUCUUUUCUUCUCUCCUUUGGUAGUGAAGAUGGAUAUGUACAAAGAUGAUAGCUCACCAUACUGUUAUUUCCAUCCGAAGGAAGAAUAUGUUGGAGUGUGCCCACUCUGUUUGAACGAGAGGCUUCUGGUUUUAGCUUCGAAGCAGAGAUCGUCAAGAACCAAAUACUCUUCAUCUUCACCAGUCAUUAACCUCCCUAAGAUCUUCACCUUGAGCUCUCUCCUCAGUCGCCUCGAUCUCCGUCACCGCAGGAAAUUCCAUCCAUCCUCCGAUCUUGACGUCUCCACAAGCCAAGAAGAUUCCUUUAUAUCAAUAAAAUUCGAAAAUGAUGGAAACGCGUCGUGGGAGAAGAAAACAGUGUCAAAGGUUUGUGUAGACAACACAAGCUCAGCAUGUAAGGAGCAGCAGUCCCUUACAACGAGCAGUACGAGUAUCAUUGAGCCUAAUAGUGUCAAGUCAUCUCUCAGGUGGCGCAAACGUAUUGGUCAUCUUUUCCAUGUCAUCAAACUCAGAUCAGGAUGGUCCACCUCUUCUCGUCAUGUGGCAUCAUCCAAAGUCGAAGGAACCAAAGUGAGGAAACAGGGUUGGAUGGUGAGGUCCGUGAGGACCUUGACCAGAAGAAAAUCCAGGAAAAGUAAAAGUUGAAUUUUUCAUAUAUUUAUUUAUUACACCUAAAACAAAAUAUUUUUUGGUGUUUAAAAAAAAACUCAAUUUUUUUUUUCUAUUGCCUAGUUUUUUUUAGUUUAAUAUUUGGUUUGGUCGUUUUGUCAAUGAUUGAUGCCUCUGUUUAAAGAAGAAAUAUUUUGAAGUUUUUUGUUGUUGUAAGCAAUGACAUUGCUGGGUCAUUCAUAAAUUAAAUCGUUGAAUUGAUUA